AUGCCCAAGGGCUUUGAAACGCUGCCUGCUAGCUCCCUUGUCCUGUCCCUAUCUUGUGCUGACCUCUUUGAAACAACUAGUGGUGCGUGGUUUCCUCAUCAGGUUUGCUAUGUAGUUCUUAGUGAUUCAUCGAUCGAACAAAGGGAUGAUUUUGCAUCCCAUGAAAAUAGGAAGCAUUAAAAAGGUCUUGAACUGAUUUAGUUUCUCAAGAAAUAAAGUAAAUGAAACUGUCCUGAUUCAGUGUUUCCACUAGUUCUUUAUUUCGGGGAUAACUGCACGAAAAAUGUGUAUUGCCACACUUCAUCUGGGCUAAUUUUUCUAUUGUAUAUUUGUCUACGCGAAUGGUCGUUUCGGACCCCAUGCCUCUUCAUGGAAAGCUUCAAUGGCCCUCCAAUUUUGUUUUUACAACAACGAUGCUGACCGUUUUCAAGGGAAAACGGAUGAUAAAUGUUGAAAGUGGAAAUCUGUGGAGAGAAAAUAUCCCUGUGCUAUUUGAGUGACAGUAGCAUUAACCACGAAUUUAUUGUGUCUUAGAUUAAAGCUAUGUUGAGUGUCAAUUACCCCAUAAGAUGGUGGUAGAAAGCCAAAAUUUGGAGAACUUUAGAACCAUCACCCCAUUAGAUGUCUAACAUCCAAGAUAAAUUAUUUGCGAUGUUUUUACUGGUGUGCUUCUUCUGGAAGAGUACCGUGGUAUAUAAAUUACGCCAUAAAAAACAUGAUUUUUUUUUUAUGAAAAUGAUAGCAGUUAGUUGGUCCUAUGGUUGAUCAUGUGGUCGAGGCCUGUUCGCAGGGGAUUUGUUAAAUUUGAAGAACUAAAGAAACGGCUGAAGAAACUUUUAGCUCAAGGACUGGCCAUAUAAACUAAAAUUUUCAUCAAUGACAGGAACCACUAGCUAGAACAUUUCCCUGUUUCGUUGGAAAGUGUAAUUUUCACCUUAAUCCAAUUUUUUCAGAAAUUUAUCUAUUUAAUGCACUCCUAAUGGCAGUUUAUGCUUUUCUUCUGUCAUUUUCUUGUUCAGAUAACGUGUUUAACGAGGAAUAAGAUAUUUUCCUUCUGGGUGAUUUCCGUUUGCAUGAUUAACAAUAUUUCAAAUUGAAAUAACUAACCUUUUUCACAUAUCUUGAUAUAGAAAUCGUUCCACCAACUAGCAGCUGCUUGAUGUCUUUAGAAUUGUAAUUUGAUUGAAGUGAAAUUAUACAAAAAAAUUAAAUUUUGAUUAUUUUCAGUAAAUGACGUGCACAUUGAGCGCAUAAUUUGAUUUUUCCGGUCAUGCUUGUUUAACAAAGAAUUUGUUAAGGAUUCAUCUGUUUUUUCAACAGCCAUUUUUCCAUUUUCUAUAAAUUUUGAAAAUCUUAUUACAUUCUCUGUCAUAUUCGUCUAUCUUAUUGCAUUCUCUUUUAAAACCUUUUCUUUCAAUUAUGACUAAAAAUUUCCUUCUAUGUAGUGAGAUAUAGAUUCAUAUCAAGGAUGAACCCAUUACGUAAUAAAAUUGUGGCUCAAGCUUCUAAUAUAAAUAUUGGAGCUGAUGGUUUUGAAGAAAGUAGUGGGGAUGAUGAGAACAAGACACACCAGACUGGCUCAACGAAUGGGACUCCCACUGAUAGGUGAGUUCCAGAUGCCAGGAUCAUCUUUAUGGAUGCUAUCAUCAUUCUUAUGUUGUAUUAUAUGAUCUGGAAGAGCCUGCACUUGAAUUUCUCUUUCAUGCCUCGUAGCCAUAGUUUCUGCUCAUCUUGUCAGAAUGUUUCUUGAAUCAUAAAGCAUAGAAGAUUAGAUUAGAUGGGCUGUCCUCAUCUUUCAUGCCUCGUAGCCUUAAUUUCUUCUCAUCUUGUCAGAAUGUUUCUUGAAUCAUGAAGCACAGAAGAUUAGAUUAGAUGGGCUAUCCUCAUCUGCCUGUCUUUUAGGAAGUGAUAUCUACAUCUGUAUUGUGUUGAUGAUUUAUUUGGGCUUGCGCAUCUAUAUAUAUAUAUAUAUAUAUAUAUAUAUAUAUAUAGAUUAAAUUAUAGGAACUUGUUCAGAGUUGACAUUUUCAGAUGUAUAUAUAUAUAGAUUAAAUUAUAUGAACUUGUUCAGAGUUGACAUUUUCAGAUGUAUAUAUAUAUAUAGAUUAAAUUAUAUGAACUUGUUCAGAGUUGACAUUUUUAUAUCUAUAUAUAUAGAUUAAAUUAUAUGAACUUAUUCAGCGUUGACAUUUUCAGAUGUAGCUCAUUUUCUCCUUUUUCAUUGCAGCGAAAAUCCUCUUUCAAGAAUUUCUUAUCCAGUAUCUGUGGCUGCUGUGCUACUUGGGUGUGCGCUUGCCUAUUCGCUAAUAGUUCUCUCAAAGGGAAAUCCCUCAAAAAUUAUAGCAGCAGUUGCAAAGUCUGGUUUCACCGCAGCAUUCACUUUAAUAUUCGUAUCAGAAAUUGGGGACAAGGUGAAUGCAUGUCCGAUUUUUUUUAUUAUUAUUUUUUUUCAUUCCAUUCUUGUGACAAGGAUAAUAUUUUGGUUGCCAGACUUUAUGUUAAUUAUUUUUCACUACAUACAAUCGUGUUUAUUUAAAAAAAACACAUCCAUUUAAAACAUUAAGUUCGUUCCUGUCAUUGCAAAGCAUUAAACAAUUGAUUUUGGGCCUGAUUAGAACUACUAGACACUUUGGACGUAGUUCUUGAGCUGACUUCCCAUCCCAUUUCUCAUGUCAACGGCUGAUUUGUUGUCAACCCUGUCUUCUUUUUUCGUUUUUGUCAUCAGGGCACCCAACUGUACAGGUGGCAGUAGUUGACCCAUGACUGGAUAAUUAAGCAAAAAAAAAAAAAAAAACCUGUAUUCCUUGUUCCUACUCGAUUAGGUCUUAUAAUAUCGACAACUUUGCAUUUUUCUUGUAUUUAUGUCUUCAUAGUUUCUGUUUAAACCUUACUGAUAUCCUUUAAGAUUUAUUUAUUUUUCCUAGCUUUAAGUUCUUACCGCAUUCCAUUGUUUACCUCUUUUUUACAUCUUACUAGUUGUUUUUCAGUAGCAAAAUUAGACAUUAAUUCUCUAGAAACCCUAGUAAUUAUCAUCAAACCAAUUUUCAUCUUUUUUUUCUCUUUUUUUUUUGUUUGAGAGAGACCUUGCUCUUGGUAUAAUUUCACCAUGAAAAAAAAACAAGUCUAAUUUUUGUUAAAUAUUGUAGUAAUAAUUUUCUGUAUAUUUCUUUCCAUCAGCUUAUAGCGAUUUUUUUUUGCUAUAUUUACUUUUUUCCUGUCAACCUAGAUUUCUCUGACCCUUUCCUCAACCCUGUCGAUGCAUUGCUGAUGCCUAGCUAUAUUUGGAAGAGAAAAAAGUGUGUUGGAAAUAGAGAAACGAUCUCUGUCACGGAGGACAGGGAACAAACCUUCCUCCGCCCGGUCGCCGCCGUGAGGAGGACGAUCUCGUCCUCCUCUAGCUUCUUGAACAACUUGUCGCUGGAAUCAUUACUAACGGUGGCAGCGAGCGGUUCCUCUUCCCGGGGGCCACCUCCAUACUUCCGCUGCGCCACUCUGAUGCCGCUGCCGCCACUGGUAAUGAUUCCGGCGCCAAGUUGUUUCGGUGUUGGUUCUGGCCGGCGGCGUCGCUUGUCUGGGGGAGCGUCGACGCCACCAUCACUGGCAUCUGGCGACAGACAGGUUUCAGGUUAGGGUUUCAAACCCCUCCUUGUCCGGCGAGGGUUUCUUCUUCCUCUGCCGAGUAUCCUUGUUCGGCGAGAGUUUCUUACUCUGCCGAGUAUCUUUGUCUGGCGAGGCCUUCGGCCUCUGCCGAGUGCCUUUCCUGCGAGGCAUUCUGCCUCUGCUGAGUACCUUUGCGGCGAGUCAUUCCUCCUCUGCCGAGUAUCUUCGUCCGGCGAGCGUUUCUUCCUCUGCCGAGUAUCCUUGUCCGGCGAGGGUUUCAGCCUCUGUCGAGUUUUCUUCCGGCGAGGCUUUCGCCACUGCCGAGUAUCUUUCGCGCGAGUAUCUUCCGCCCUAUCUAAUCAUUUUUCAGGUAUUGUCUCGGUCCAGCGUCGCCCUUGACCGGGGGGGAGGCUGCGUCCUCUGUCCUCGUACUCCGUCCUCCUCAGUCCGUCUCCCGCUGUUCUUGAUCUGUUACAUGUUUUCCCUAGUUUGGUGACCAAAGUUCUCCGGUCCACGGUGCUACAGUUCAUGUUGUCUGGUGUUGUCUGCUCACCUCUGCCUUUUUCGGAAUGCCCUUCACCAUCUAGUUCGUCUGCGAGUUCAUUCGUCUCAAUCUCACUUGAUCCAUGGGAGGGUUGCUGGCCCUCGCCUCUCCUGAGAGCUGAGCCCUGUCAUCACAUCAAUAGUCAUAUCUGGCCAUGUCGGCAGUGCCUUUGCAGCAGAGCUCGGCACUAUGCAGAUCUCUGAGCAGAUGGAUACUCUCCACGUGCUAUCAUAUCCAUGGUGAGCUGUUCUUGGGGCUUGACAAGCAUCAGAGGAGCCAAAGGUGUCGGCGAAUCCACAACCUCAGUGGCGGUCAUCUUUGGCUACCAUCAAAUGAAGAGUGGCUACUACAAUGGAUUUUUGCCAUCACCAACGUAGUCAAGAUGAACUUAGGAAAUUCUAGGUCGUAAGACAGUUAUGUAAAAGACUGAGGGUGUUUUGCGGAAAUUGUGGAAGGUCACUUCCAAUAUAAUGGGGGUUAGAGGUGAAUGAAUCUUGAGGCGGUUUCUGCCGUUCUCCCCUCUGUCCUCCGUGACAGAGGUUGUUUUCUUCCAAUUUUAACAAAGUGCAUACAUGGAUGCCUAAAGAUUGACUUCUUACCUCCAAAGAUAGAGGAAUGUUGUAGCCCUGGAGAUAAGAUAUGUCCCUGACCCUUUCCUGGAAAAACAUCAUGUUAUAGAUAGCCCAACAAACUCGCAAAUGUUUGGUUGUGGAGGGUAUAUAUAUGAAUCUUUCUUUAGAGGAUGUCAUGUUUGACCAGUUUGACCUUUUGAUAUUUUAUGUUGACCUUCGUAUCCGUGGAUCCCAGAACUUUAAUUUUUUUUGGAUGAUGACAAAGUUUCCAAACCAGAUGCAAUUUUCUGGAGCCCAAUUUAAUUUAGUCGCUCUAAUUUUAUGUUUGUCAUGUUUCAACCUCAGAGUUUAGUGAAAUCAUUGGUGAUAUAGUUAGUAUAUUUGUGGUGUUGCAGACAUUUUUCAUCGCCGCAUUACUCGCUAUGCAAUAUGAGAAGGCAUUGGUAUGAUAUUUAGAUUAUGGUCCAAUGUUCCUCAUUUCUUAUUCGUUUCAACUCAUUUACUCAACUAGCUUUAUCCUUGUUAACGUGUUCAGGUCUUAUUGGGGUCAAUGGGUGCUCUUGGACUCAUGACUAUCUUAUCUGUAAUUAUUGGGCGAAUAUUUCAAUCUGUUCCAGCACAGUUUCAAACAAGUAAGGCUUAUAAUGUCUCCCCUGACCGCUUUCAAGGAUUACGAGUAUCUGUUCUUCUGUUGUCUUCUUUUAUUUCUGGUAACAGUUACCAAUUAGUCAACGAGUAUCUGUUCUUCUUUCGAAUUCUUAUUUCAUGUAAUUAUAUAUCUUAAUCGGAAAAACGUUUAUAGCCUUUUGUAUCAUUUUCUCCACUGCCGUACAGAAUCAAUCUUCUAAUGUUUUCCCUAACAGUCCCAAGUUAGAACGUCCUUACCUUCACCGUCACAGUACUCGGGAUUCUCACUGCCCAAUCUGAUUUUGUGGAAUGAUUCCAAUGCACUGAUAUGGAUGAUAUGUAUGUAUCUUUGUGGGCUUGUGUAUAAUGUUCCCCACUGUUUGUAUGUAACUGAAACCCGAAUGAUUGAACCCAGUUCAGCUGACCUUGGAUUGGCCGAUUUGGCUGGUCUAAUUUUGUGCUUGAUUGAUGUCCAGAUCGGAUUGGGCUUGGUCUAUCUGGCCAUCCAAGCUUAUCCCAGCCUGGAUACCAUGUUUCCAGUUCUAGCAUUCAACUAUCAUUGUCGGUAAAGACUUCUUCGAUGAAGCUUUCUGCAUGAAAAUGGUGCAUUGAUUCAUACAUAUCCGCCAUCCGAUCUGAUCGCAGUCGGCAUACUGCGUGUAUUAUGUAUCAUCGUUGAGAAGGAUUUGCCUUGGUAAGAUGGUCCAUGUUCUAGGAACAGUCUGCCCUCUGAAUUCUGUCCUCAAACAAGGCUCUAGCUAUGAUCUUAUUAGUGUCUAUGCUGCUGAUUGGCGAGCCCAUGUUUGGGCUUGGACUGAAGAGAAUCAGAAAAAAAAACAUGGCAUCGAUCUCAUCUGAAAGUCAUUGACUGACGGUUUUCCCUGGUAUUUAUUCCCCAUUUUUGGAAAAAAAAAGAAUCAUUUCACCCCAGUUCUGAUGAUUACAGCAUAUAUUAAUUCAUAAAUUCGGAUCAUAUCCCCUCAUAUUCCUUUAUAAAGUACCUCUUAAUUGGCACAGCAUAUUGACGGCGGGUCGUCGAUUACAGCAUUGCCUAUUGGAGAAUAUGCGGCAGUCGUUCUUCUUAUAUACUUUGGGUUGACUUCGAUAAAGAACGCAUGGGACCUUCCGCCUGCUGCUGCCAACAAGGAAAACGAGGGCCCAGAGCUCGGAGAGCUCGUCGAAGCUGAGGAGAUUGUGAAGGAAAAGGUCUGCAAUUCCAAGCCCCACUGUCAAGCAUAAUCAUUGGAACAUCUAUCGCUAGUUCUACGCGAGUGUUUCUAAUUUUGGUACUAAUUCCACUGCUGCACUCAGGUUGCGAAGAAGCUCACAAGCCCAUUUGAGAUCAUCUCAAAAUCUUUUAGCCUCGUAUUCUUCGCAGUGAGCCUCCUUCUAACCGAGAUCCAUAUCCUUUCUCCUCUUCAUGUCCCCUUCUUACAACAUCCUGUGUGAAGAACUGACGAGGAUCACCAUUACCAGGAAUGGGGGGAUCGCUCGAUGCUGGCCACAAUCGCCCUUGGUGCUGCCCAGGUACCCAUCCAUCCUUGCCCUCCUGUCCACACACAUCCUCUCUCUCUCUCUCUCUCUCUCUCUCUCUCUAUCUGUCUGUGUGCCUCCUGGUGAACACAUGGCAUGUGGUAAUUGGCCAUCCCAUUGCAGUCUCCGUGGGGAGUAGCCACCGGCGCCAUUGCAGGGCAUCUUGUGGCGACCUCCUUUGCGGUCUUGGGAGGAGCAUUUCUGGCGAAGUACAUCUCUGAAAAGCUGGUGAGGACCCCUCCUGCCCAUUUUUACCCAUCUUCCCCACAUGUUCCCCUUCUCUCAAUCGAUCUUCAUUACCAGGUCGGCUACCUGGGGGGAGUCCUCUUCCUCAUCUUCGCCGUGGCCACACUCCUGGGAGUGUUCUGA